UUGUAGAACCCUACACCAGUCAGUAGUGAGUGUGGAACCUUCACUAACCCUAAAAUUUUCCGAUAACGAAAUGGCAUCCACCGCCGGCGCAGCCGCGAGGUCUAUUUUCCGUUCAUGUUCCGCUCGCCGUGCCGCGUUCCGUCUCGGCUCCGAUGCUAAAGCGGCUCGGUCUCCGUUCCGUGUCGCUUCCAACAAACCUCUCUCGCAAUCUACACUCAGGUGUCCCGUUGAAUUGAGCUUUUGUGUGGAAUCCAUGCUACCGUACCAUAGCGCAACUGCUUCUGCUUUGAUGACUUCGAUGCUAUCCGUCUCUCGCCACAGCUAUGGUUGGCUUCCUGAAGGUAGCUAAAAACAUCUGUAGGAUUCCUUGUGUUCUUUCUUCAAUUUAAUUUUCGGGCAAAGAGAAGACUAUUUGAAGAUCAAGAAGCAAGGUUGGGAUGACAUGGACCUCUUUGAUGUCGGGCUUUAAACAAAAAAAAGAAAAAAACAUUCUUAUUAGGAAGAUUUGCUAGAUAUCUAUCACCAAAAAGUUUGUUGCUCUUGGAUUCUUUUAAGUUGGCAUGGUGAAUUUUAUUAAGCUGGAUUCUUCCUAUAGGUUUACUUUGUAUUUUAGAAAAUAAUAUUGGUCUCUUAUUUAUGAAUCAUAUUGUUCAAAGUUUAUGCAUCUUGAGUAGAAUUGUCUGGAAUAAAAGAAUCGGUUGGCAUAAA